AAACGCUUGGUCUCUUCUUGAAAAUGUCUUUUCUAUGGCGACUUGAAWAUGCAAAAGAAACGUUCUAAAAUUAAUAAUCUAUACUUUAGAUUCACAAUCAGUUUUAAGUAUCAGGAACCGCCUUAUGUCCACCCAUAAUCCCCUGCAAUCCAGCAUUGAGUUGAUAAUUGUCCAAUGYACAAAAAUCAAUGUUGUUUAUGCACGGCAUCUUGUUAGAGCAUUGAUUGGGAUGCGAUAAAAGUCAUCGGAACUAACUAAAACUCUGAUAUGAAAAAAAGCAUUGUCACUUCCGACGCACGACGAUCCAAUAUUAACACAGUUCAAUUAAAGCAUAAAUGACACGACUGAAGUGUGGGAUGCAAUUAAAUUGACAGCUACUACUACGCAUGCGUAKAUCACUAUAUUAAAUAGUGUUAAGRUAUUAAGAACUCCCAGUUGUAUCUGCGAGCUGCACAGUUAACAYAAAUCAUGGCAAAUACCACGAACACAACUGAAAAUCCCGUUGUUGAGGCUGUGUGCUUUGAGCACGAUUCAACAGCAGUAAAAGCAGCUCACGUGUUUCCAUACUGUCUUAUUAUCCCUCUUUCUCUUAUCGGGAACUCGAUGGUGGUGGCAAUUGUACUUAAAAACAAAAACAUGCGCAAAACUGUGAACKUCUUCAUCGUCAAUAUGAGCAUUGCAGACUUGAUUGCUACUGUGGUCUAUAUGCCUAGAGUUUUAUCAAUAUGGUUGGCAGGUUAUGAAUGGCAGGUUGAUGGUCUACUUGGUAACAUCUUCUGUAAGGGGUCUGCAUGGUUUAACGAGACAUCCAUUGCUGUAUCUAUCUUCACAGUUGUUGCUAUCAGUCUUGAUCGUUUCUGGGCUGUCGUAUUUCCUUUGCGACGAUUUAUCACGACUAGAAUGGCUAAAUUCAUYGUCGUAGCCAUCUGGUUUACAGGUCUUCUUACCGCCUUUCCUCAGUUCUAUGGCAUUGAAACUCUACGACGCAGUGGUAACUUAUACUGUUAUCUUGAUCUCGACAAAAGCUUUGKGAAAGGUUCCGCUACAGAGUAUUAUAUGUUCAAAAUUAUCGGCUUAUUUGUUGUUCCCUUGGUUACUAUUAUCAUACUCUAUGCCGCUAUUAUGGUGGCACUGUUAAAGCGACGUCGUUUUGUUGGUGAUUCCACACCGAGUGAUAACCAAAGGCUGCGUAGACAGGAGCGCACCAGAAAGAAAGUACUGAAAAUGGUGUCACUUGUCGUGGCUGCUUUUGUCUUGUGUUGGUUGAUGUAUUUUAUUAGCUUAGUACUGUACUCGUACAAGAUCAAGGUGCCAUGUAUUGUGUAUUAUCUAAGGAUGCUUCUCGCUCAUCUGAACAGCGUUAUUAACCCGCUAAUUUACUGGUUCUGUAACGAAAACUUCCGCCACGGAUACGUUAGCCUCUUUCACCGUAUUCUGCCUUGCGUGAGUGACAACAGGGUUUUUCCGUUAGAGACUGUAACGGCAAAGAGGACUGAAAAUGGAUCUGCAACAAGACUUGAUGGGGCKCCUGUGGAAACAACAUAAACAGAACCAUGGCGCGAAAACUUCUUCUGCGUGAUGAUAGAAGUUGCUUUAAAUAAAUAUCUAACAUAAYGAUCCAAGAAUGCAGUAUUCAAUGUUGUAUGAUAUUUGAAUUUUAAAACUGACUUUUUAAGUAUUAAUUAAAAUAGUUGAUAUCACUCAAACCAUGAAUUGGUAAUGAUACAGAACGAAGGUAAUUGGACUUUGGUUUGAAGCUCCACUUUAAUUUAUUUAAAGUAGAUUGGAUACAGUAUAAAUCCACGAGAGCUUAAAGAGAUUAAUAAUCAUAUUCAGUCGUAAAACUGAUGGGGAAAGUGACAAAAGAUCAAAAUAUCUUCAAAAUAUCAUAAUGCUGGACAGGAUUAAAUCCAAUACGUGAAGUCUUUAACACACAGUCACCUUAAGGAAUUGAAAAGGUCUAAUCUGGGACGAAACUAGUUUUCCUUAAAAUAAAGUUUCUUGGCGUGACUGUGUGUUAAAGACUUCACGUAUUGGAUUUAAUCCUGUCCAGCAUUAUGAAAUUGAAAAAAUCUUUAGAUGUUCGAAUUUUACAAAUAUCAAACAUCUUCAAAAUAUAGUCUUAAUUAAUCUUGGCCAAUAAUUGCACACAAUUCGAGGCGACACGAGACUGAGAAAAGCCAUGAUGCCUUCAGUUUUAAUAACGUUUUCCUGAGCCAGAUGGCAGUGAAAUUUCUUAAUUGCUGGGUGUUUAUUGUUGGCUUAUUGAACAUAGGUAAUUUUAUAGCCGCAGGGUUGUGCAUCGUUAACAUUAAAAAUAAUACAUGUUAAUAUGUGUAUUUGCAUGAGUUUCACUAAUAAUGGUUAAUAGUGGCUAAUAUAAUCAAUUGAUUGAUAGGUCACAAUCAUGUAGUUAGUGCGUCUAAACUCGAUCCCAGGUUCUUYCGUUCAUGUUUGAAAGAUGACCUUGGAUCGCGAUUAGGAAUUGAUUUGACAUCAUAGGUGGAAGUAGGUGUAUUUGUCUUGAUGUAUUCUAGUCUGUGUUUAAUCGGGACUGAUUUCGGUUUAUUUCUGUAACAGGAUUAAAAGUGCUUUUUAUUUUGAAAUAUACUUAUCCAUAAAACUAAUAACCACUUAUUGGGAGUUUUAUUGAAUACACAGAUCCUACUUUACGGCAAUUAAAUGAUGUUUAUUUUAUAGACAUUUUAAUCAUAUGCUGAUCGCGAGAUUUUUUUGGGGGGUGGUCUUUAACUCUCCUUACGUAAAUCUGUACCUGCGUAAAUCUGUGCGUAUUGCAUAAACCCUGCAUAAAUUUCACGAAAAUGUGUAUAUUGCUGCAUAGACCUGUAGUGAAAGCAUACAACAAUACAUUGGCUUGUCGUAGAAGUCAUUUCUAUUUGUUUGUGCGGUAUUUUCUACAGGUAAUUAUUCGUGUACUCGCCGUGUCAAGURUAGAUAAAUGUUUUAUUUAGAAAGCAGAUUGAAUAUACAAUAAUCGUAAUUGCAUUUUUCUUUAAAAAGACAUUUUUGUUUGCUUGUUAAACUGACAG